GGAGCGCGCGCUGGCGGCUGCCAUGGCCUCCACGUCCCCGGCGGGGCCCAACGCCACGGCGCCCACGGCGGCAGGGGCGGCCUGGGCCAACGGCAGCGCGGCCGGGCGGCCGCUGUUCCACGUGUUCGCGGCGCUGGACGAGGAGCUGCACAGCGCCUUCCCGGGGCUGUGGCUGGCGCUGCUGGCCGUGCACGGCCUGGUGUGCGCCGCGGGGCUGGCGCUCAACGGGCUGGCGCUGUACGUGUUCUGCUGCCGCACGCGCGCCCCCACGCCCUCCGUCACCUACACCGUCAACCUGGUGGUCACCGACCUGCUGGUGGACCUGUCGCUGCCCGCGCGCUUCGCCGUGUUCUACGGCGCCCGCGGCUGCCCGCGCUGCGCCUUCCCGCACGUCUUCGGCUACUUCCUCAACAUGCACUGCUCCGCGCUCUUCCUCACCUGCAUCUGCGUGGACCGCUACCUGGCCAUCGUGCGGCCCGAGGGCGCCCGCCGCUGGCGCCAGCCCGCCUGCGCCCGCGCCGUGUGCGCGCUGGUGUGGCUGGUGGGCGGCGCCGUGACGCUGGCGGUGCUGGGCGUGGCGGCCCGCGGGCCCUGCUGCGGAGUGUUCGCGCUCACCGCGCUGGAGUUCCUGCUGCCGCUGCUGGCCAUCAGCGUGUUCACCGGCCGCAUCGUGUGCGCGCUGAGCCGGCCGGGGCUGCUGCGCCAGGGCCGCCGGCGCCGCGUGCGAGCCGUGCAGCUGCUGCUCACCGUGCUCGUCAUCUUCCUCGUCUGCUUCACGCCCUUCCACGCGCGCCAGGUGGCCGUGGCGCUGUGGCCCGGCAUCCCGCGCCACGCCAGCCUCGUGGUCUACCACGUGGCCGUGACCCUCAGCAGCCUCAACAGCUGCAUGGACCCCAUCGUCUACUGCUUCGUCACCAGCGGCUUCCAGGCCGCCGUGCGCGGCCUCUUCCGCCGGCGCGGCCCCCAGGGCGAGCCCGGAGCCGGCCCGGCCGCCGAGGGCUCCCGGGGCUCCGGCCGCCGCCACAUCCUGGGCGCCGGGCCCUGCGCCCUCACCCAGGCCCUGGCCAGCGGGCCCGACGCGUGACGGACGGCCCUGCCAGGAGGCCAGAGGGCAGGGGGUGACCGUGGGCCGUGUCUGUGCAGGGCAUGGCCAGGACCCCAGGGCCAGCGGGGCGUGGCCUGCAGCGUGCGUGGGGUGUGGAUGUGCCCCGGACACAGGCUCCCGCUGGGUGCUCUGUCCCCAGAGGGGCUUCAGCCAAAGGAACAAAGACUUUUAAAACCGGGGGCUCCAGGGAGAGUGAGGCACUCCGCCUGCAGCCGGGCCGCGGCUCAGUGGUUAGACCGCUGCCACGCAUGAAGAGUCUCGGGUUGGACGCCUGGUUCAGGGCAUAGACCUGGGUGGCAGGUUCCAUCCCCCUGCCCCGUCAGGGUGCGUGCCUGAGGCAACCAACAGAUGUGUCCCUCUCACAUAGAUGUUUCUCCC